GUCAUCACGCGUCUAACUCAUGCUGGGUACUUCCCAAACCAAAGACAAGCAGGAGACGGAAUGGGAGGCUGACUGGUGGCAGCUCCAACCCCUCCUUGACCGCACGCCCACCCGGCCAGUCGAAUGGUCGACCUCCUCCCUGAUCUUCACCGCGGACCACUCCAGCCCCAUCCUCACCGCGCGCCAUUUCUCGUCCUCCAAGCAGUUUGAGCUUCCCCCACCAGCCAACGCCGACGAGAUCGCGGUUUUCAUGACCACCUUCCGCCCGCCGACGCUCAUCUCUGCCGCGCCGUCAGGGGACUGGCUGUUCGCGUACUAUCCUGGGAAUGGGAAGAAUAAAUGCUGUUUAUGGCAUCGCGGGGACGCGCUUGACAGCUGGACUGUGAACGACCAUUGGUCUGAGCCGUCAGACGUGAUUGCCGCAGAGUGGGUGGGCGUACCACGAGAGUGGACAGUCAACGACGAUGGGACUGCCUCCCGUCUACCUCCCCGCGGAUCCCCCACACCCGUGCUAUCUCACGGCCUCGUCGUCGUCACUCGAAAUCAUAGCUUGAAGCUCUUCUACUACCGCCACUACCAGAAGAAUGUCAAGAUCAUCCCCCUCACACUUAUGAACAUGUGCGUGAACGUCGAGGCCAAUACGAAGCCCGAGAUAGAGGGCCCACCUCUGCCCGGCUGCGUGCGGCUCUGCGCGAAGGCGGCGAUCGGCGUGAACUACAACGAUUCGUCUCUGUUGAUUGCUUCCCGCCUGUAUCGCGUCCCAGCACGGAACACAGGACCCCAAGAUCCCUUCGACGUGGAUGACGAUCCACAAGGCGUCGAAUGGGAGCAAUGGGGCGAAGAGCCUACCAUAGAACUCGCUGAGUGUGCCCUUCGGUUCAACGGCGAGCAAAUGAGUCUACAUGUGCAGGUUAUGCCACCAUUAUACCCUCGCAACGCAGCACCCAUCGCCGAACUGGCAUUUGCGAGUGCGCCACCGAAGGCGAUAGAGGGUCAGCAGACCCCGACAACACCCGGAGAGCGCUUCCUAGUCGUGUCGCACCUGGACUUUGGAGACUACACAUCGCCCCCGAAAUCAGAGCUAAGUAGUUAUUCCCUUGUUCUCAAGGACGAAAAAACGCCCAAGAGGCGCUGGGAAGUCAAGGAAGAAGCGACGCGGUCUUUCGAGCCGGAUGUCGUAACAUCGCUCGCGCCAUGUAAGGUGCCCACUCGCGGAACUUAUGCGACCGUCUUGCAUCGCUCGAGCAAGUACACUCGAGGGCGAGAGCGCGUAUGCAUAGGGCGAAUUCACCAUCUAAACUUACCAGAUCUCAGCGAUGCCCCGAAUUCUACGCCAACCUCUAUCGUAGUACCCGCAAGGCAUGUCGGAUGCGACUUACCUCUCUACACCACCAUCUCCCCCAACGGCACCCUUCUGUGUGCUAUCGCGCACAACCUUGCGCUUACGCGUCCCAAUGUGUACUUGCUCCCCCAAGCGUCGUCGGACCCUUCAGCAAUGGCGGAAGACGACAAGCCACCUCCGCCCCCUCAUCUCGCUCGCCAGAUCGCCGCCGCGUUGUACAACCGCCGGCGGACGGGCGACCUCACGCAUCUGCUUUCCCUGGCCGCAACACCGAUUGACGGAGCCCGCGAUACCCUCGCGGGCGUGCUGCAAGUGCUGCAGAAGAACACCGGUGGACGGACGCGGGUGGACUAUCGGUGGAUCGUGUUGGGGCUGGCGGUGGAGGUGUAUCGGUCGCGCGCACAACGAGCCAAGGAUGAGGAGAAGACCGAGCUAGGACGUCGAUGGCGCGCGGGGCGGGAUAUGUGCUCGCUGUUCGCGAUACAGCUGGCGUUCAAGGAGUGCAGUGACAACGAUGGGAAAUACGAUCUUGAUGCUUUGUGGCAACUCGUCGGCUUGUGUAGCUGGUUCGUGGGCUAUUUGGAGAGGCUUAUGAAGGAGAUGGUACAGUUUGGCAACUUACCUGCUCCGGAGAAGCCCAAAGAGGAUGACGAUCUGUUCGGGUCGGCGCCUGCAUCCCCCGAAAACUCAACUUCAACUGCUCCUUCGGGCGCUGAGACCAUCCCAUCACCUACGCUGUUGCCUUUCUCGCACGCCGCACUUGCGGAGACGCUGCUACACGUCGUCCAGCAGGCCAAUAAGUUGCGUGAGCAGGUGAACACGGCGCAGAUCAGCAACGAGCGCGCCUUCAUGGCGAAGAAUGUGUUCGUCGAUGUGGUCGACUGCGCGGGCGUGUCCCUAAAGGAUGUCGAGAAGUUGUUCGAGGAGGUGAAGGAUAUGGUGGAUGAGUCGAUCAAUGAAACCCAGCAGCGGCUCAGUCUUGUUACGUGCAAGCCGAUGCACGACACUCGCCAAGCGGUCCACACCAUCGCGCGCAAAAUCGCCACUUCGCCAGUGCUCGAUAAGAUGCGCCUCUUCAUCCGACCCACCGAUCUCGUCGACGGCCUCGGGCGCCUGUCCCUAGGUGACUUCGAUGCCUCGUCAUCCAACGCUGCCGACGACGCGGCCACUCCCCUACCCGACACCUCCAGCGGCGCGAGCAGCGCUAGAAAAGACCGCGACAGGGACAUGGUGACGAAGGCGCCGCUGGGACAGCAACGGGAGGCAUAUGUCUGCUUGCGGUGUGGUGGGAAGUCGGAUUUGCCGGUUGACUUGGCGGAUCCGGAUAUCGGGUGUCAGGGGUGGAGGAUUUGGGAGGGGAGGUGGGCGACCGAGUGUAUAUGUGGGGGCUCCUGGAUGACGGCCGCGAAUGCUUGAUGUUGGGGUGUCAUAUCUCUUUGAAAAAUGCAUUUUCUCCACGUGCAAGUUGAACGCCG